UGAAAAACCUGUCAGGCUGCCGGACAUAGAGACACAGCAAAACUUUUCAGCUGAGCAUGAAAACUUUGAAAAUAUAUGUGAAUAAAUCGUCAACAUAUUUUACUUGCCUCCGUGGGAUUAGCUACAUAAACUAUCCCCCUAAUGUCUCUACUGUGCCAAACUUUAUUAACCAAUGUAAAAUGCCACCUGAUUAUAAACGCCAGCUGCAUAGAAUCUUUACAAACGAUGACGAUACACAUAGCAAAAAUGCUCUAACAACUGUAUUAAGGUGAUUCGAAAGCUGAAACCUUCUUUAUGUGCUAUCAUUGAUGGUCAUAAAAUAAAAACGUAAUGACAUAAACUUAUAGAUGAAUUAGCAUAAGAGACAUAAGAAGAUCAAUUUGUUUAAUAUGUCGCAGAACUGACAAGUCGUAUAAUCAAGGGCAGUUGCAUACUUAUGUAGCUUUUCAGCUACAAUAAUAACCUCUAAGCCUUGCAUUAUAGAAAAUGAAUUUUCAACUCUUGAUUCAACAGCUCGCAUAAGCUUAUUUGCUGCUCGUAUGCAAUUCAAUCUUCGCUGAACAGGAUGUUGUGAUCGCGUGCACAAGAAAUCCAAUAAUACAUGUAUGCAGACGAAAACAUAUGUAAAAUUUAAAAAUAAUUCAGCUCAACGUUGUUACCACUUACCAAAAUGAUCGUGUGGAAUGACUUGGCAUUGCGAAUUCGGUCUCCUUUUGGCCAUUUUUGUGUCAUAAAUUCUUCAUUCCAAUGGUGCUACGCUUAUCGAUCGGCCAGCGUGAUGUUUGUAAUAUGAGCUCUUAUCCUGUUAUUGGCGGGAAAAGGAAUUUGCCUGGUUACCUAAAACCAAAAUGGCGGAUUGCAGCAGGAAUUCUGAUGAAGAAAACUUCAAUGAUUUAGAAGAUGAAGAAGAAUGUAACGAUUGGACUGAAAUAUUUAUUGCACCAGAAAAUGAGUGGAGAGGCUUGAGGAACCAUAAAGAUAGCAACAUUUUAUCGGAAGAGCGUUUGAAAAUGGAACACAAUUCCAUCGCCGAGGACUCAAAACUGAUCGAAGAAGACGUCGAGAAAAACGAUUCCAUCUCAACAGAUAAAAGUUCAAAAACUCUGACCAGAAUGAAGCUAAAUGAUCAUAAAGCUGGAAUGGUAGGUCUGGAUAAAGAAAAAAUCAACCAGAUCAUAUUUGAAGCGAGCAAGGGUUCCAGGUAUUACGAGAAUGAAUUAAAGAAAGAAAAGCAAGUAUCUGAGAGGAUUGCUAAACAAACCGCCUGCCUUGAAAAACUUACUCUGCAGCAGAGACGAGAUGCUUUAGAAACGACAAACUUGAUAGUGAAAGAACUGGAGCAGACUCGUGACUUAAGUCGUACGUUUGUUCAUAUCGACAUGGAUGCCUUUUAUGCUGCAGUUGAAAUCUUGGACAAUCCUGAAUUGCGUGACAAACCCAUGGCUGUGGGUAGUAACGCAAUGCUGUCUACUUCAAACUACCCGGCUAGGCGUUACGGGGUAAGGGCAGCAAUGCCAGGCUUUAUAGCCAAGAAGUUAUGUCCUGAACUGAUCAUCGUGCCAACGCACUUUGACAAAUACAAAGACUAUAGCCGACAAGUUCAAGAGAUUCUGGCCGAGUACGAUCCUAAUUUUGCGAUGGCAAGCUUAGACGAGGCAUAUCUGGAUCUAACAGAGCACAUUCAAGACAGGCAGAAAUAUAAAGAGAAGAACAAGUUUGUAAGAUCAAAACAUCAGAUUGAGGCGAUGUUAGGAAAUGAAAAUGAUCAAGGCAAUGAGCAAGCAGUGGAGGAGAUAGUAGAAUUUGGCCGCGAUGCACAAGAGGCUGUUAGGGAGUUACGUUUUCGAAUUGAACAGAAGACGCGUUUGACAGCUAGCGCCGGAAUCGCUCCUAAUGUGAAGCUAGCAAAGAUUUGCUCAGAUCGUAACAAGCCGAACGGACAGUUCUUCUUAGAGCCAGACCGUGAUGUUGUGUUGAAGUUUGUACACAGUCUCCCCAUCAGGAAAAUCAGCGGCAUUGGACGAGUAAGCGAACAGAUGUUAAAAGCUCUCGGAAUUGAGACGUGUGAAGAUUUGUACACAAAGCGAGACUUGCUCUAUCUCCUACACUCGCCAGUUAGCUUCAGGUUCUUAUUGGAAGUGUCUCUUGGAUUGGGAAACACUGCCAUUGCGACAGACUCGAAAAGAAAGAGCAUUGGAACAGAGACGACCUUUUCUGAAAUCAGUAAACCUGAUGAAUUACUGGACAUGUGUGAUAAGCUCUGCCAAUCGCUGGCAGAAGAUAUGAAAGGUCAGAAACUUAAAGGAAAGACCGUCACAAUUAAGCUUAAAACUGUGAAGUUUGAAGUAAAAUCUCGGUCGUUGUCUCCACUCAGUCCUGUGUCGACUUACGAGGAGAUUUUUGUAGCUGCUAAGGAGCUGCUCAAAAAUGAAAUAAACGCAUGUUUUCCUGACCCACUAAGACUGAGGCUCAUGGGAGUGCGCUUAUCAAAUUUUCAAGAGUCCAGCUCAGAUUCGUCAAAAGAAGCCAAGCAGAACACGAUAACAGGUUUUUUAAAACAAAAGCAGAGCGUGGAAAUCCCCAGUUCUUUUGUACCUACCCAACAGUUUAACACAGAGGAAAAUUUCUGCAUUGUACCGCCUGGCCAGGAGUCUUCAAAAGAAAGUGAUGAUAUUACAGGAGAAUUUGCUUCACACAUGGCAGACCAAGAUUCGUCUACUGCGUCACGUGUAUCAUCUGAACGUCCAGCUCUGAAUUUACUUUCAAGUAAAACAUUGCCAUUUUCUAGUCCUGGGCCAUCUUCCAGUCAUGCAAAAAUCUGCAGUGACACGUUGCAAGAAAAGACCCCAAAGCCGUCACCCGCUUUGUUUUGUCCUGUAUGUGGACAAGAACAAGUUUUAAAGCCUGGUGAGGACGCUAUGAUUGAACUUAAUAAGCACAUUGAUUUAUGCCUGAAUAAGGCAACCAUCAGGGAGAUUGUAACCGAGGGCAAUUCACAGCGAUCUUCAGCUGGUGAGAAUGUUUUGAGCCGUGCUCACAGUCGCACAGGUGUCGAGGCGACGAGUUCUCGAGGAAAGAGAAAGCGACAACAAUCGGGAACAGCCACGAAGAAAGCGACACUACAUUCGUUUUGGUCAAAGUAAUUACAGCAGGCGGACUAAAUCAGCACGUGCGUUUCACAGCUUUGACAUGGUUCCCUGAUUCUACAUGUAUAAAGACGUAUUUUAGAGCGGGGAAAUAUAGAUUGGUAUCAAGUUUGAGUCUGUAUCAACUAUGACAGUCAACUUUGGUUAUGUCGUCUUUACACUCACCAGCCCUCGGCCUACAAGCUGACAAGGUACUACGUGUUGUAUAUCUAUGGACAAGAUUUUAGAAUAAGGGAAAUGGUCAUUCUGUGUUAUUACAAAAGGGCAGACAAGAAACAAAGAACUGAAAUUUUAUACAUUUUUGGUGGGAAAUCGUUCGGGCAAAUUUCGCAUUUCUUCAUUAAAUUUCCUGGCCUCAUGAUACCAUUGUUGCUAUUCUGCGUAUCGAACAAUAACUACAUUUUAUAUUGGGCGCGAAAAAAUUGAGAGCUGGGUAAAAAACAAAAUACGAAAAAAACCUCCAAAUUCCGUGAACGCUUGCUGCGCAGGUCAGCUUGAUGAAGGCCUCAAGCUUGUGAGAGACAGAUCGUUGGGCGAAAGUGAAUAAAAAGGACCUGAUAGCCUUUUUUUGAAAGCCACCAUAAUCUUGUCUUCUCAACAACCUUGGAACUUAGAAUAGGCUGGUUAUAUACUGGAAUAUGAAUUAAGCAUUUAUAUUAUAUUUAAAGAAUUGGAAGUUAGAAAAACCCGCGUUCCAACUCUCUAAUAAAAAAGAAAAUUAUACGUUGUUCAAAUUUGUGAGACUAGAGAACCUUCAUACCUGGUCCUGAUCUGUAAUCGUAUUUUGGUCGCUAUGUUACUGAAUCUAAGUCAGCAGUGAUUAUAAAUAAAGCACUGAAACAGA